AUGAGCCGAGGUGGAAAGGGUGGACAAAGUGUAUCUGGUGUUCGGGCCAUUGCCAAUGCUUUGGGCCUUCAACGCCACGAAAUUGGAGCAUACACACAGACGAAAAAGGAGCCACCACCGUUGUUUCCGGUAAGUUUUUCUGAAUUUUGGUUGUUUUUGGUUUUUAGGCACGUGUGUUAUGAAUAAUGUGCGACAGUUAGGGAAGACCUGGUGUUUUACUUGAAAUUGUCAGUACUGCGACUUUGUUUGUUUUUUGACGUUUUUAGUUUAAAAAGGUUGUGUAAGACAAGAAAAUGAGUGUAAGGCGGCUAGAUAAUCAUCUAGAUGUCUACCUUAACAUUGUUUUUAAUAAUACAGCUUGUUUAGGCUUCAAAAACGUCCGAAAAUGCAUUUUUAUUCAAAAUUUUUUAUUUUGAAAUGUUUAAAAUAUAAUCAAAAAGUUAAGUUAAGAUGUAAAAAAGUCUUUGAAAAACAUAAAGACCAAUUUAUCUCUACAACAACAAAAACUAAUGUAAAAUUCCAGCCAUUGUCUCGACAUGUUCGUGAACUUCCAGCCAGCCGAGAACUAUCAUAUAUGACCGCGUUAAAAGAAGAACUACUAGAACGAUUCCACGAGUCCGCCGUAUAUCAACCAAAACGGGCUAGCAAAGAUGUAUAUAGGUAUACAGACAAGUAUAGGAAAGUGAGGAAAGAAGCUUUUGAGCCGAUUUUUUCUCGAGUACCAGCAGAAUUGAAUUGGGAAUCAACAAGUACAGUAAGGACAGUGAAGAAGAGGAAAUUAGACGAUAAAAUAGUGGCAGAAAAGCUGGCCAAAUUGGAGGAGAAAGAAAAAGUGGUUGUUGAACAUGUAAGUUAAUAUUAUUGAUGUUUUGUGGUUUCUAGGGGUUUUUGAAGGAAAUUAUAUGGGUAUAGUGUUGUUGGAAAAAGAUAAAAUUAUAUUAUACAUCUGUGUCUAUUUAAUUUUAAAAAAAUGUUGAAAGGUCACAGUCCAAUUACUGUAACUUUGAAGUUUUUCUGAAUACCGAAAAACUGAUUUUACCGAAGUUGACGAAGAUCAUCUUCUGCUAUCACGAAAAAUUUUAAAUUAUUAACUACCUUCUGACGAUAGUUAUGGCGAAAACAAUUUAUGACCAGAACUUUUCUUGAACAAUAUUGAUGUUACAGUAAUUUUCAUGAAACAGUUAAUCUUCUAAAUUUUUCAGUUUCAGGAAGAAGAGCCGAAGGAAGAAGAGGAGGAAGAAGAAGAUUUUGAGAAGAAGGAUGAUGAUGAAGACUCAAUAUCAGAUGAUGACUAUCUAGAGGAAGAGAAUGAUUAUGUCAACAAUUACUUUGACAACGGCGAGGGCGAUGCUUCCGAUGACAAUUUGGAUGAGAACGAUGCUUAUUGA